AUGUCUCUGUCUUAUCUACAACACGAGUCCACGCCUGUCCUGCCCGAAAGUGUUUGGGCUCUGGCAUGGACACCUCUAGAUCACAUUAUAUCUGGCUCAGCAGACGGUCAUAUACGUGUGCAUAGUGCCACGGAUCUUUCUGUGCCCCUGCAGGAUGCUGGGUCCCAUCCAUUGGCAAUCACUUCGUUAUCUGUCACCGAGGAUGGACGGAGGAGUCUGAGUACGAGUCUAGAUGGGACUGUGGUAUUGUUUGAUCCCCUGGAAGGUCGAGAUUUAGAUCGCCUGGACACGUCGAGGGAAAAGGUAGAUGGUGAUCGAGAACUACCGGCAUUUUCGUGUGCAGUACAUCCUAGCAUGAAGUGCUGGGCUUGGUCUGGUCGGUCAUCCAAGAUUGCCAUGCGGAGUAUUUCUCAAGCGGAUCAUGCAGAAUCUUCAACGAAUGGAGACGGAGUAGGAAGAAGUCUGUUGUCUGGAGAGACGAAAUUGGUAGAGACAGGGAAAGGGAAGUUUGGGAUGGAUCUAAAGUUUUCUCCAGACGGCCAGAUGCUAGCGCUGGCAACGGAAUCAGGGCACGUCAUUGUCCUUGAUACAGAGACUCAGGCAAUCAUUGCGACGUAUCAAUCCCAUGCCAUGGCCACACGGACUAUAUCCUGGUCACCGGAUUCUCAGUGGCUCUUGAGCGGAUCAGAUGAUCACCUCAUAGUGAUACACGAUGUGCGAGCAGGUUCAAAGUCUGGGGCUGGAGGUCGAGGUGAAGGCGCAGUGGGGAUGAUGCAAGGCCAUCAGAGCUGGGUGUUGAGUGUCGCCGCCAGUCCGGAUGGUAAAUUACUGGGAAGCGGCGGAGCAGACGGCGUCAUCAAACUUUGGGACAUAGGACAACGUACAGCCGUUUACUCAAAUUCUUCAUCUGCCGAAGUGUGGGGCUUUGACUGGCAGCCUGUCAGCGCCAACUCAAAUGCUUCCGGCAAGCAAUUUGCCAUAGGGGAGGAUAACACAGUAUCCCUGUACAGAGCUGCCGGCUCCGUGUGA